UCGAACGCGCCCAUCAUAACCUUCCAACAUGGCUGCGAGAUCGGAGGACGUUAUUGCGGAUAAAUGGGACAAAUGUAUUGUGGAUACUGCCCUUAAGACCAUCUCCGGGGCCACCAUUGGAGGAAUAUUAUCACUGACAAGAUUUGGGAAAACUAAAGGUGGGACCCGGUGGUCGCUACUUUUCUUUACUGGUGUAGGAUUUGGGAUGGGACUAGCCAACUGUAACAAUGAAUUAAAAUAUCCAAAACUCUUGAAGCUGAAACAGGAUGCUGGGACAUCAUAGUGAUCAUGUAGAAGUAUCAAUGACAUUUGAUUGGAUGAAGAGUUGUGAGACAUAUUUGUGAGCUAAAACAAUAUAAGUACUACUGACCCUGAUGUUUCAGAGUUUGUAGCCUUUCCGAGUGGGAGUUAUUCCCCUUGGACCAUAGAGUGCAAACGAUAUGUAUAAUACACUAUUUUUAACCCACCUGUAACAAAUGGAGACAAAUCUUAUGUGCUGAAGAUAGUAAAUACUGGGAAAGAGGAAAACCUGUUUUUAUUUUCUGAUGACAUAUUUAACCUGUGGUUAAUUUAUGUAUGGUUCUAUAUAGUUAUGAAUGGUAAAUUAUAAUCUAAGAGGUUUAAUUUCCUUGAGUAAAGGUGUGGUCACUCUACUUCAUGUUGAUCCGGACCAGCUUUUGCAUACAAGUACAGUAAAACCUUAUUACACUGUCACCAUUUGGCAAUAUAAAGAAGUUUGCCGAUAUGUAGAGACAGACAAUAAUGGAAUUGUUAAAAAAAAAUAAAAAGGGGAUCCGAUCUGGAUGAGUCUACAUUAUUGUCUACAAUGUUGAAAGGGUUAAAAGCAUUGAUGAUAAGCGACAUUGUAAAUGAACCAAGGGAUGUUAUAUUGAGAUGUGUUAUUAACGUAACACAUGUCAGUCUAUUUUACCAUGUUUCAAACUUCCACAAAUAGGUCUUAUGAUAACUUACUUAAUUGAACAGUCUUUCUCACUUAAGAUCCAAAUUUCUUGCUCUGAGGUUUUGAGACUGAGUGAAAGUUCCAGUCAGUCUUCAUAUACAUCAUGAUCUCGUAUUCCAGUCUCGUUAAUUGUUGCAGGAAAACCUUGAAAUGUUAACUCUAGAAGUUAAAUGUGAAUUCAUCUGAAUUUGAAAAAUGUUGUCUUCUCAAAACUGCUUAAAGUAUUACAUUUUGUAGGCUUCAUGAUUUGUUGGUGUUCCCCGGGGGAAAUUCAGCAAGCUGAGUGAAUGAGAUAAAAGUUUGGGAAGCAAAACCAAGUAAAACACUUAAGAGUGAUUUACUCAUUCACCCCUGAAAUUGCAUAAUGAGCUAUUCCAAACUUUGAACUGUAAGAGCUUAAAUGUGUUUUCAGGGGUAAAUGAGUUAAUCUUACAGGGUCUGACUUUCAUGAUUUGUGCCUGUACUCUAAAUUUUGUUAUGUUUUUUUUCAAAUAACACUGUUUAAUUUUUUUUUGAUUUCAUUAUUAUUUUCACAUUGACAAAUAGUCUGUAUAGAAUUAAGGUAAAAUAUUGGGACUAAGGAUAAAGGGAAAGCAAAAUAUAUAACCGCAAUAGUAGAACACACUGUAACAGUUAUAAACACCAGUAGCAGAAAUAUUGCAUUUUUUUUUUACCAGCAAUGAGGUAGAUGUGUAAAGAAGUUAUAAUCUUUGUUUUAUUGUGAACAAUACAUAGUUAAAGAUGAA